AUGGCAUCUGCUGUUGCUGAACUCGAGGCUGGCCUGCAGGCCAUGUCUCACCUUAAGCCUCCUGGUGUAUCUGGGUCUCGCAUUUCCUCCAUAACAGCGCUCUGCGUUGCCAGCGUUCAGUCCGAAUCUGUCUUGAUCCAAAAGAUUUACACACACUUCAAGAAGACAGCAGGCGACCACAAACUUGGAGUGCUAUACGUUGUAGACUCGGUAACGCGCAAGUGGUUGGAACGAGCGAAAUCCUCCGGCCAGGACGUAGAUGGCUCCGCUACUGACGGAACCUUUGCUGCUGGCGUUCACCGCGUGACGGAGCUAAUGCCCGUGUUGAUGAAUGAUAUUGUCCAGUCUGCACCAGAAAAUCACAAGGAGAAGAUUUCGAAGCUUCUGGACAUCUGGGAAAAGGGCCAGACCUUUCCCCAGUCCAUGAUUGACUCGUUCAGAACCAAGCUGGCCACUCCACCCGUCGCUGCGUUUGUCAAGUCCACGACCCCUGAGGGAAGUCCCCCUCCUGGUCUUCUUGCAUUCCUUGGCCUGGCUCCUAGCAGCAACGCCGCCAAACCUCCUGCCGCCCCUCAGAGCAGCAAUGCCAUUAUGGAGGCUCUAGCGAAUAUUGCACGAACAAACGGUCCUGCUUCACAACAGCAUGUUCCCACGCCAGCCCAUCCACCUCCAACUGCAGCCCCGGCCGCGCUGAACGGCCUGGCAGGACUUCUGAACACCAUCAGCCAACGACAGCCAGCUUCUCAUGCGACAAAUGCCCUCCCGCCGUCCUACUCCGUGCCGCCGCCACCACCAGCCGCGGCUUCGGGUCCUGCUCCUCCCAUGCCUUAUUCUUAUCCGCCCCAACCAGCCCACCUGCCGGCGCACAACCAGCAGGCCGCUCCGCCUGCGUUCUCUGGUCUCAUGGGGACUGGUUAUUCAGGCGUGCCCCCUCCUCCGACCGCGCCACAGGCGCUUACCCCUGAUGUGCAGCAACAGGUCAUGCUGAUCAAAGCACUCGCCGAGCAAGGUGUGCCGUUCGACCAGAUUCCGGCCCUUAUCAAGACGAUGCAGCAAGCCGGCGUGAUGCCGCAUCUAGGGGGCCCGGCCGCAUCCGCGGCCCAGCUUCCCUAUCCUGCUGCCUCGGCCCCGACGUGGGGCGCCGCGGCUCCUGCCACUAGCAAUGGUCAUGCGGAUUCACGUGACCGCUACGGGUACAAUGAUGGCCAAAAAUCCCCGGACCGGUAUCCGAACCGCUCUCGAUCCCGCUCGCCAGGUCGCCGAUGGGAAUCUCGUGACAAGGCCCGCAACGGACGCGACAACUUUGGGCACCGUCAAGAGGACGCAGGUCGCAGCUCCGAGUACCGUCAACGAAGCCCAGCUGGUCGUCGCGCCAGCCCUUCGGGACCGUCUCAGCACAGUCAGUACGAAAAAUGGAUAGAGUACGAUCGGACUCUUCCUGAGGGCAAGAUUCGCGUCUACAGCCGAACAUUGUUUGUUGGAGGUGUCACAUGUUCUGAGCCAGAGUUGCGCAAUAUCUUCACCCAGUAUGGUCAGGUCCAGACCUGCAUUGUCAAUAAGGAUAAAAGACACGCCUUUGUUAAAAUGUUGACACGGAAGGAUGCCGAAGCUGCCAAAGAGGCGCUCGAGUUUCCACAAGGGCCCGAGGGCUUGCAAUUAAGGACUCGUUGGGGUGUUGGAUUCGGUCCUCGGCAAUGCAGUGAUUAUUCUACAGGCAUCAGCAUCAUCCCCAUCAGCGAGCUUACGGAAGCAGAUCGCAAGUGGAUGCUGACAGCUGAAUACGGCGGCAGCGGUGGAAAACCCAUCGAGACUGGUCUCGUGGUCGAAGAACCCGACAUCGAGAUUGGUGCUGGCGUGUCGUCCAAGGCUAUCAGUCGCCGGAUGCAGACCGACAAGGGUGGAAGCCACGGACCCAAGUCGUCUCACGUUGAUGAUCGAUGGCGGCGAAAGAAUGGUGGUGGUCAUGGCGGUCGAGAUCGUCGUGAUGACAUGAAACUCUCUGGCGCCAACUCACAGCCUGUUGCGAACAACCAGUUCGUGCAGGGCAACGGCUUCAACGGUUUGCCAACUGCACCUCCGAACUACGGCGGAUGGCAGCAGAAUAGCCAGUAA